AUGAGCAACCCUCUUGGACGGAAUGGACAUGAAAAUGGCACCCCACCAGACAACUUGUCUGCCAUUCUCACACAAUUUUCCAUUGAUGGUAUCCCUCUUGAGGGCCGUCUUCAGCAAUUGGCUGCAAAGCAUAACUAUGUUAUUGGCCGCACAAAACUUAUUGCAUUGAACAAAAAAUAUAAAGUCACUUCUGCACGAAAGCCACCAGCCGAACACAUUGCCACGAGUCUUAUUGCAAAGCAGAUGUCUGAGAAUGUCACCGGUACUAAUGGGCCCAAUACGAUCCAGAAGCGUGUUGCUAUUGUCGAUGGUAUUGUACUUUCUCGGCGUGUCGUUCGAUCGACCAUGCGAGCGUUAGAUCCUCAUGGUGCUGAACGACGAUUCCCAUCAAAGCAGCCGACGAAGAAGCGCUCGACACUGACCGAUGUUGGAGUUUAUUAUGAACUUCACUUUGACGGACAUGAGAAGCUGAACUUCAAAGCAUUGCAGAUGGGCCGUGCUGGAAUUGAUAUGUAUGGUGGCCGCUGUCACGGUAGUGGCAGUGUCCUUCUCCUUGAUGUUGUCCCAAAUGCCCGUUGUGGUAUUACUGUCGGCCAUCUAUAUCUGGACCUUGUUGAGGAAACGGGCGAGAUUCCUAUUCAGGUGACUGUCGAUGGAGGUACAGAAACUCACUAUAUGUUCCAACUGCACCAACAACUUCGAGCUCAGUUUGCUCCCGAGCUUUCUAUUGAUGAAGCACCAGCAACCGUGGCGCUGAAGAGCUCAGAUAACAUUCCUAUCGAAGCUCUUUGGAGUUAUCUACUCAAAUUCAUUGGCCAUGACCUCAAGGCGGUCAUUUUGUUGGGAAAAGAGAAGAACUAUCUGAAUAUUACAAAUGAUAUCCAUAUUGACCUUUUUCACUGGCUUUGGUCUCGCAUUGUCAAGCAGGCAACUGACCAGUUCAAAAUCUACUGGAACACACACAAAACACGUCGCCAAUCUGCAAAGCACCUUCCAUCUGGUGUCUCCCCACGCCAGGUGUUCGACAAUCCUCAGAACUAUGGUCUCUAUCACGCGGGAAUCAAGGUCGACAUACAUGCUGUUCGAGAACUCCGCAACACGCUCCCAAAGUCACGGGUGGAUUGCUUUCGUUGGGUCUCGGAUGAGUUUGAUGUGCAGGCACAAUUAGCGUACAAUCUGCUUGGGUCUCCAAAACUCUCAAUCUCUGGGGGCUGGACCAUCUACACCAAUAUGCUUAGCUUGCUCAUGUAG